GGGGAAUUAAGUAACCUUUGGAAAGAUUGCAGUGGACCAGGGAAGCAACAGUCACCACAGGUGGCAUCCUGCAUCCACCAGAGUAGAAAAGGAGGAGUAAGAAGGCAUUCUAGAAGUGUUGGUGCAGUCACACCUUCAUUUCUCUUCCCUUUCUAUAUUCUUGAGAUAUGACUCCUGCUGUCUUCCUGGCCAUCUUGUGGUUGGUAAUGGCCUCAUCAUCACCAUCACCUGAUCCCAUUUUGGAUGCUGAAUGGCAGAAGUGGAAAAUAAAAUAUGGAAAAACAUACAGUCUGGAGGAAGAAGGACAGAAGAGAGCAGUAUGGGAAGAAAAUAUGAAAAAGAUCAAACUGCACAAUGGGGAGAAUGGCCUGGGGAAGCAUGGUUUCACCAUGGAAAUGAAUGCCUUUGGUGACAUGACACUUGAAGAAUUCAGGAAAGAGAUGAUUGAAAUCCCAGUCCCAACUGUCAAGAAAGGGAAAAGUGUCCAGAAACGUCUGUCUGUUAACCUGCCCAAGUUUAUAAACUGGAAAAAGAGAGGCUAUGUUACUCCUGUGCGGACACAGAUUGCAUGUAAUUCUUGUUGGGCUAUUUCUGUUACUGGUGCCAUAGAAGGACAGAUGUUCCGGAAAACAGGCCAACUGAUCCCUCUGAGUGUACAGAACCUAGUGGACUGUGUUGACGGAAGUGGCUGUCAUGCAGGCAGUGUGUUAGAUUCUUUUAAGUAUUUGAUGGAAAAGGGAGGUCUAGAGUCUGAGGCAACCUAUCCAUAUGAAGACAAGCAAGGAUCAUGCAGGUACAAUCCAGAGAAUUCUACUGCUAGUAUCACAGGCUUUGAGUUUAUCCCAAACAAUGAGGUUGACCUAAUGAGUGCUGUGGCAAGUCUUGGGCCCAUUUCUGUUGUAAUCGAUGCAUGGCAUGAAUCUUUCCUGUUCUAUAAAAGAGGUAUAUAUUAUGAGCCAAACUGCAAUAACAGUUUAUUUGCUCUCAGACAUGCUGUGCUACUGGUUGGCUAUGGUUUUAUAGGAAGAGAAUCAGAAGGCAGGAAAUACUGGAUCAUCAAGAACAGCCUGGGUACAAAAUGGGGCUAUAAAGGCUAUAUGAAGAUUGCCAAAGACCAGGGAAACCACUGUGGAAUUGCUUCACUUCCCGUUUUCCCCAGAGUGUGAACUGCCUGGUGCUGACAAGGAAGGAAUGGACAGAAGACACCAUGUAGAGAAGAGGCACUUCCAUUUCAAAACAGCGGGUCACUGCAGUGAAUAUGAGACACUGCAGUCACUGAAAAUCCAGUUGUGAUGUCAAGUUUGUGACACAUUUAUUCUCAAAAGACAUGACCAUUACUGUAACUGAUGUCAUACACUGGUUUGUUUUUGUUUUCUAUAACAAUGUUAUCUUUUUUCUGUAACAAAUUAAGUCUUUAGAAAUAAAGGUUUAUUUAAAUGUUA